AGGGGCGGGGCUACGUGGAGCCGGGAGGCGGGGCAGGAUCGCUGAGAGCGGCCCUUCAGUGGGGCCAUGGAGAAGGACCGGCCCCGGAGCAUCCUACGAAAGAACAGCUCCAACUUGAUGCAGAAAUCCCCCAAUGUGGAGAACCCCAGAAGGAAGUCUCAGCACUGGGACGAGAUGAAUAUCCUGGCCACCUGCUGACAAGAACUAUGGAUUUAUGAUGGUGGAUGAGCCCAACACUCCCUACCACAGGCUGCAGGACAGUUUUGAGGACCUCUCUGCUGGCUCCUCCUGCUCAGUGAAUCCCGGAGUGCUGGCAGAGAGGUAACCGAAGUAGAGAGAGAAGGCAGCACACAUCAGCAUUUUCUUCUAUGCACUUACAAGAAAGAUCAAAGACAUUAAGACUUUCACUAUUUCUUCUACUGCUCUCUACUACGAACUUCAAAGAGGAACCAGGAGUACGGGAGGAGCAUGAAAGUGGACAAGGUGUGUGAGCAUUGAAGCACAGCACCACAGGGAGGGGUUUAGGCCUCCGGAUGACUGCGGGCAGGCCUGGAUAAUAUCCAGCCUUCCACAAGAAGCUGCUGGAGCAGAGUGUUCCCUGACUCCUCCAAGGAAAGGAGACUCCCUUUCGCGAUCUGCUAAGUAAUGGGUGUCUUCCCAGGCACUGGCGUUACCGCUUGACCAAGGAGCCCUCAAGCAGCCCUUAUGCGAGCAUGACAGAAGGUUCACCUCUUGCCUUCUAGCUCACUUCUCACAAUGUCUCUUCAGUACCUGACCCUAUACCUGCCGGUUAUUCCUAAGUUAUAUUAGUAAUGCAACAAGCAGUAAUAUUAAAAGCUAAUGAUUAAUAAUGUUUAUAAUAAUGAUUGAUAAUUGUCCAUGAUCAUCUCUGUAUCUAAUUUGUAUUAUGACUAUUCUUAUUCUAACUAUUUCUUGCCACAAUACUCCUUUGUGCCUUCAGUCUCUUGCCUUGACACCUAGGUAAUCUUUUGCCUGCAACAUGAGAUGAAGGUUGUGGAUUGAAUGGAAAGGGGGAGGUGGAGCGAGCCUUUGGCAAGAGUACGGUGCGAAAGCCAAGCUCUCACCACGGUCACAGACUUCACCGACUUUGACAAGCGCCGCAAGUCACACUAUGAUAAAGGGAAGUUUCUCAAGGCUCAGAAAAACCGGCCCUUGGAGGAUGAAGAGGAUGAGGAUGACAAUGGUGGUAUUGUCAGUAUCAGUGGUGGCAGUCAAGGCAUGACGCUGGACCCAGAGCCCAGGCCUGUGCAGAGAGGCUGGGCAGGAGAACUAGCCAGAGGAGCCAAAGAUGAGCCAGGCCUGGUCACCCAGAGGCACAUCCUUGAAGCCCAGGGUUAGCGAUGGCAGGGCUCCAGGGACUAGAGGGGGUUGUAUUCCAGAGCCCGUUCCUCACUUCUCUACCACAGUCUGUCUUUCUCAGUGGCUAUCAGCCCAAGACGUUGCUGCCUGACAGGGAGGUAAUGCUGGGAAGUAACCCCAGGGAAGAAAGAGGGCAGCUGGAGGAAGGACCCCACUCAGGAUAGUCCCCGGAGAUUAUUGGCUGUUGAGGAACAGAAAGUCUGAUUGGGGGCUGAUUUGCUGGCCAGGCCCAGUGGCUCACUUCUGUAAUCCCAGCACUUUGGGAGGAUUGCUUGAGGCCAGGAGUUCAAAACCAGCCUGGGCAACAUAGGGAGACCUCAUCUCUUCAAAAAAAGAAAAAGAGAAAGAAAAAAAAUUGUUUUUAAUUAGCCAGGUGUGGUGGCGUGCACCUGCAGUCCAGGCUACUGGGGAGGCUAAGGUGGGAGGAUAGCUUGAGCCCAGGAGUUUGAGGCUGCCGUGAGCGAUGAUGGCACUACCACAUUCCAGCCUGGGUAACAUAGCAAGAUCUUGUCUCAAAAAAUAAAUAAAAAAUAAACAAAAGUCCGAGACAACCAUGGGGGGAUGUGGAGUGGUCGCUGAAGUUUUUCUCAAAUGGGAAGGGUAAGAGAAGUCAGUGAGAUGAGGAUCUGGGGCCUGAGCUUCUCCCCUCUGAUGAGGGCCCACAACAGACACCUGGGAGGCAUGGAUACACCAGAUGGCCAGAAGACUUGGAUGCAUUUGAUUGAUUCCUCAGAUUCCUCCACCUACAGAAAUCAGUCCCCCCAGCUGUGGCCACUAUCAUAUUGGGGCAGGAGGUUGCUCUGCAGCACAAGGAAUAUGGUGGCAAAGGACUAUACCUGAGGUCCUGCUCUCAUCCAGAGCUUGUAGAGGAUAUGGAAGAUGAGCAUCAAGAUGGUGAGAGCCUGAGCAGGCCAGCCUAGGGGGCAGGAGGGCUGGGAACCCACAGCCUGAUGGGUACCCCAGCCCUGAUCCCUGAUUCUAGGCUCCACAAGCUUGACCUCGGUGAUUGAGAACCCCGUAAGCACUGAGGUCCACCUACUGGACCACAUGGGAGGCCCCUUUAGGGAUCACAAGGCCACAGAGAGCUCCCUGAUGGUGACAAUGACACCAUUGCAGCCUGUUGAGGGCACCAGGCCACCAUCUCCCUGGGGCUGUCUCUUGGCAAGCUCCCAUCUCCCAGCCCUCCAAUUCUUUCAGGCCAGUACAUCAGCGACAGGUGGAAGGACAGGCCCUGAACAGCCUCAAGUGCAAGGUCCACAUUGGACAGGAGAGGAACCAGGGAGACUGAGAAGCGGUUGGGACCCCCUCCAGCUUGGCACCACCCACUGGCUCCACGCCUGCUCUUUAACUCCUCUCUGCCACGCCACCCCACUCCAGGUAUUUCUCUGUCCUCCAAAGACAGUGAGUCUCAAGUGGUGUCCAGCUGGUGGCUGGGGGGCUGAGCUGGCAAAGCCCAAGGAGUUCAGAGAGGGAGAGUGGAAUCAACGCCAACUCCUCAAGCCAGAACAAGCACAGCCUGGCACACUGAGCCUGGGCAGAGGCAAGGGGAUGCUUACACUGGCCAGGGAGGUAGAGGAGCUGAGUGGGGAGGUUCUAGGGGAUCCAGAAUCACAUGGACAAGAUCUCAUGCCUGCUACGAGAAAGCCGUGAACUCAAACUCUUCUCUCCAGAUGAAACCCUGGGACUUUGAUGGACUCAAGAAAAGGAAAGCAAACAAUGGAAAAUGGGGCUGGUUGGGGGCGGAGUGGGGGCAACCUUCCCUUCAUGGCCACCCUAUGAAUAGAAAUAAAGAGCAGAAGAGCAACAGUGUGGGAGCUGUGAAUCGGGUACUCAGGCUGGGCCUGCUCAGUCGUUGAGGAGAGGGGAGGAGGAAGGGGAGUUCACACACAGGAACCAUGAAUAUGACGGCAAAGCGAAGAAAGCUGGGAGCAGUCCGGGGUACUGGACUCCUCAGGAGCCUAGAAUCACGAGAAGGCCCAAGCUGUAGCAGGAUGACAAUGACUGAUGCAAUUAAUAUAGUGAACCGGCUGGGCACAGUGGCUCAUGCCUGUAAUCCUAGCACUUUGGGAGGCCGAGGUGGGCGGAUCACCUGAGGUCAAGAGUUGGAGACCAGGCUGACCAACAAGGUGAAACCCCGUCUCUACUAAAAAUACAAAAAGCUGGGCGUGGUGGCAGGAGCCUGUAGUCACAGCUACUCGGGAGGCUGAGACAGGAGAAUUGCUUGAACCCAGGAGGCGGAGGUUGCGGAGAGCCGAGAUCGCGCCACUACAUUCCAGCCUGGGCGACGGAGGGAGACUCCGUCUCAUAAAUAAAUAAAUAAAUUUAGUGAACCACGAAUUUACUGCUAUCACCUUCUUCACUUCGUACAGCCCUGGAGGAAGGGGUUAUCAUUCCAUCUUCCAGAUGAGAAAACUGAGGAAUCAGAGAGCUCGUCCGGGGCACACAACCUCUAAGUGACAGAGCCAGGAUUUGAACCUAGAUCUGCCAGGCCCCCAAGACUCACCAUGAAGAGAGAAAGAAACAGAGGCUAGAGCCCUAGGAGGAAGGAGCUGGCAGAUCGUCUCUGAGGGCGGGGCUGUGGCUUCUCUGAUCUCAGGCCCCCAUCUUCCGCCCAGGCCCCGCCCCUGCCCCUCCCAGCACUGCCUGGAAGUGUGGGGUGAGAGCUCCUCCUAGGACAUCCCUUUCCCCUUGGGGAAAGAAUUGUGCCCCCCAGGCCCUUCCCCACGGAGGUCCCUCUUCUCCUUCCCCAUCAUCUCCCCUUCCUGGGACAGAAAGUACCUCCACCUGCAUCUCCAGGUGCCCGGCCUCCAGGGCCCGCUGGCCCCACAGCAGGCAAGCUGAGAUGACGGUCAAGCUGGAUUUCGAGGAGUGUCUCAAGGACUCACCCCGUUUCCGAGCCUCUAUUGAGCUGGUGGAAGCCGAAGUGUCAGAACUGGAGACCCGUCUGGAAAAGCUCCUGAAACUGGGCACUGGUCUCCUGGAAAGCGGGCGUCAUUACCUUGCUGCCAGCCGCGCCUUCGUUGUUGGCAUUUGUGACCUGGCCCGCCUGGGUCCACCAGAGCCCAUGAUGGCGGAGUGUCUGGAAAAAUUCACCGUGAGCCUGAACCACAAGCUGGACAGCCAUGCGGAGCUUCUAGAUGCCACCCAACACACACUGCAGCAGCAGAUCCAGACCCUGGUCAAGGAAGGUCUGCGGGGUUUCCGAGAGGCUCGCCGGGAUUUCUGGCGGGGGGCUGAGAGCCUGGAGGCUGCCCUGAACCACAACGCAGAGGUUCCCAGGCGCCGGGCCCAGGAGGCAGAAGAGGCAGGAGCUGCUUUGAGGACGGCUCGAGCUGGGUACCGGGGACGGGCACUGGAUUAUGCCCUGCAGAUCAAUGUGAUUGAGGACAAGAGGAAGUUUGACAUCAUGGAGUUUGUGCUGCGUUUGGUGGAGGCCCAGGCUACCCAUUUCCAGCAGGGCCAUGAGGAGCUGAGCCGGCUGUCCCAGUAUCGAAAGGAGCUGGGCGCCCAGUUGCACCAGCUGGUCUUGAAUUCAGCACGAGAGAAGAGGGACAUGGAGCAGAGACACGUGCUGCUGAAACAGAAGGAGCUGGGUGGGGAGGAGCCAGAACCAAGCUUAAGAGAGGGGGCUGGUGGCCUGGUGAUGGAAGGACAUCUCUUCAAACGGGCCAGCAAUGCAUUUAAGACCUGGAGCAGACGCUGGUUCACCAUUCAGAGCAACCAACUGGUUUACCAGAAGAAGUACAAGGACCCUGUGACUGUGGUGGUGGAUGACCUUCGUCUCUGCACAGUGAAACUCUGCCCUGACGCAGAAAGGCGGUUCUGCUUUGAGGUGGUGUCCACCAGCAAGUCCUGCCUCCUCCAGGCUGACUCAGAGCGCCUCCUGCAGCUGUGGGUCAGUGCUGUGCAGAGCAGCAUUGCUUCUGCCUUCAGUCAGGCUCGCCUUGAUGACAGCCCCCGGGGUCCAGGCCAGGGCUCGGGACACCUGGCCAUAGGCUCUGCUGCCACCCUGGGCUGUGGUGGAAUGGCUAGGGGAAGGGAGCCUGGGGGAGUCGGGCACGUAGUGGCCCAGGUCCAGAGUGUGGAUGGCAAUGCCCAGUGCUGCGACUGCCGGGAGCCAGCCCCGGAGUGGGCCAGCAUCAACCUUGGUGUCACCCUCUGCAUUCAGUGUUCCGGCAUCCACAGGAGUCUUGGUGUUCACUUCUCCAAAGUCCGGUCUCUGACCCUUGACUCAUGGGAGCCAGAACUAGUGAAGCUCAUGUGCGAGCUGGGAAACGUCGUCAUCAACCAGAUCUACGAGGCCCGCGUGGAGGCAAUGGCAGUGAAGAAACCAGGGCCCAGCUGCUCCCGGCAGGAGAAGGAGGCCUGGAUUCAUGCUAAAUACGUGGAGAAGAAGUUCCUGACCAAGCUGCCUGAGAUUCGAGGGCGAAGAGGUGGCCGGGGGCCCCCAAGGGGGCAGCCUCCUGUGCCCCCAAAACCUUCCAUCAGGCCCCGGCCAGGAAGCUUGAGAUCCAAGCCAGAGCCCCCCUCUGAGGACCUGGGAAGCCUGCACCCUGGGGCCCUACUCUUUCGAGCGUCUGGGCAUCCUCCAUCUCUUCCCACCAUGGCCGACGCGCUUGCCCAUGGAGCUGAUGUCAACUGGGUCAAUGGGGGCCAAGAUAAUGCCACACCGCUGAUCCAGGCCACAGCUGCUAAUUCUCUUCUGGCCUGUGAGUUUCUCCUCCAGAACGGGGCGAACGUGAACCAAGCGGACAGUGCGGGCCGGGGCCCGCUGCACCACGCAACCAUUCUUGGCCACACGGGGCUCGCCUGCCUGUUCCUGAAACGGGGAGCUGAUCUGGGAGCUCGAGACUCUGAAGGCAGGGACCCUCUGACCAUCGCCAUGGAAACAGCCAACGCUGACAUCGUCACUCUGCUACGACUGGCAAAGAUGAGGGAGGCUGAAGCGGCCCAGGGGCAGGCAGGAGAUGAGACGUAUCUUGACAUCUUCCGCGACUUCUCCCUCAUGGCGUCAGACGACCCGGAGAAGCUGAGCCGGCGCAGUCAUGACCUCCACACGCUGUGACCCCAGGCCCUCGGGGCCCGCGCCUCCCUCCCUUCCCCGCCACCGGGCCCUCUGCCAUUAAAGCCUCCGUGCUUCGCUCUCA